AUGACUGACCCAACCCGUCCCACGAGGCCGUCCCUCGGUCAAAUGCGCAGCAGCUCAUUCCUGCAAGACCACCAGCAGUACAAACCCAUGGCGCCGAUCACCCCAAUGAAUCAAACCAUCGGCGAGGUUCUAGCAAGCCAAGUGGACGAAAACCUGGUGCUAAGCGCAAACCCAAUCAAGCCAGACCCCGAAAGGGUCACUGAUAGUGGCAUCAUUCAUAGCAUCUUCAACCAUCACGCAAAUCCUCUUCCUAGCGGCACGUCGCAAAUCGUCGCGACCAUCUACUACAAAUCCAACAACCCCGUCCACCCCCACUUCCACCCUGACUCUGGCCCUCAACACUCUCCAGGUGAUAAGCUACCAGCUCCCACUGUGCCCAAGGGCUCUGCCCCGACAGAAGACAUGGACAAGUUCCCGCGCGAGCCACCUGCUCCGGGACCGGAGCCACUCGACCACCUUUACGGCCCGUAUGUCUCCCAAAUGUGCCUUACCAACUUCCUUCAAAUCUUGGAAACUCUUCCCACGCCCUACCAGCGCAUGAACACUUCGCACCGUUGUCUCGAUCGAGACGAACAACCCCGCGUCGUGGAGGUCACAUUUUCGCCCCCGCCAAACCCGGAGUAUCUCUCCUUCCCGGAUCUGCGCAAACACGAGAGCAUCUGGCGCUUUGAGCGCGAGUGGAAUGUCGAGGUCGUUCUCCAAAAGGAAAGCGUUUUCCGCAGACACAAGCGUUUGGCUGUGUUCGACAUGGACAGCACCUUGAUUGACAAUGAGUGUAUUGACGAAAUCGCCAAGUUCAUUGGUGUUGAGAAGCAGGUUUCCGAAAUCACCGAACGCGCCAUGAACGGCGACCUAGACUUCACCGCAUCACUAAAAGAGCGCGUUAGUCUCCUCAACGGCGUCCCAGCCGACGUCUUCGAGAAGCUCAAGUCCGUCCUGAAAAUCGCGAAGGGCGCCCGCGAGCUCUGCCGCGCAUUGAAGACCCUGGGCUACAAGAUCGCCGUACUGAGCGGCGGUUUCCAGCCCCUCGCCGAGUGGCUGGCCGAGCAGCUCGGCAUCGACAUCGCCGUUGCCAACCACCUCGAAAUCGACGAGGCCACCCAGACCCUAACCGGAAAGCUGGUACCAUCCCACCCCAUCGUCGACGCCGCGCAAAAGCGCACUCUCCUCCAAUCCAUCGCCGCCGAACACGGCAUCCCCCUCUCGCAAACCAUGGCCGUCGGCGAUGGCGCCAAUGAUCUCCUCAUGCUUCACGCCGCUGGCCUCGGCGUCGCCUGGCGUGCCAAGUCCAAGGUCCAGCUCGAGGCUCCUACCCGCAUCAACGGCGAAAGUCUUGUCGACGUCCUAUACCUGCUCGGUUUGGAUAAUGAGGACAUCGCGGAGUUGACCUCCGAGACUAAAUGA